AUGUUCUGCUCCCCUUAUCCCAUGGUCUACGACACUCCAGGAUUAAUGCCCCUACAAGUGGAACAAAUGCCCUGUCAGGAAUGUGAUAAUUUAGCCGAAACCGAAAUGCAGGAAAUGAUCAGGAAUCAGGAUUAUCGUCGAAUGACAGAGUCUACUGAUCGCAGGAACACUUGGAGAAUGACUAACGGCACUAUCAACACAGUCAGUGAUUUUGAGGAGACCCAGUGGAUUCCGAUCGACGAUACGUCAGUCUUUCAAAACCAUGAGUUAAUGUUCAAACGUACUUCCUCCUUUCAAAAGAGCGUGGAGCUACCCAAUGGCUGCAUCAUCAGUCUUAAUGUCUAUAAGCCCCAGGAAACAAUGGUCAAGGAUGAUCGACAAACCCCAAACUCAGCCCAAAUUAAUCAAAUUCAAAUUUCAGGCAGAGUUAGACAGUGGAGGAGGCUGGAGAAGGUGGCUGAAGAGGUUCCUUUCGAAGAGGUAAGUCCGAAGCCUUUCGUGUGGUUCUACUAUCCAUAAGAUACGUAAGCUUUUUACCGUUUUGUACUCCCCUGGGCUUGCUCCUUUCUUUUAUGAAACAGCUGCCUGAGAGCGACUGUAUGUAUAUUGACCAUUUUUGGCAUAUGUUUUCGAUCCAUUAAUCUUUUGCACAAGUUUGCGUCUUCUCAGUACUUUAACAAAAAAAGGUCAGAGACACUCUAGACAGCCAAAAUAUUGAAAUCAUUAGUCUUUUUCUCCAACUGAAGAAAGUCGCGUCAUUAGGUGAACGGCAUCAACGAUGCGGCGUUACUGGUGAGUUCGGGAUAGACCCCACUUCUACGAUGUUUCGCACGCGUUCCAGGCUCAGAUUAAGGUAGGAAAGUUGGAAUGAACUUAAGUAUGCAUUCAAACUCAAAUACAAAAUAUACUAUAACAUAUAUACAUACAAGAGAGUUAGACUACAGGGAAGAGAAGUAAAUUAAUACAGAUUUACUUCGGGCUUAUUAUGAAUUCCGCACUAUCUGCCAUCUCCCACUCCGAUGUCCUAACUUGACCAAGUUUGUGCUCAUAAGAAGCUUGUUUGCUGCGGAAGCCGUUGAAUCGGUGUACGCCAAUUCUUACCCGAAUGUAUAUACAUAUAUAUGGCAAACAUAUUAUACAUCUACAUAUAUAUAAAGAGCGAUGAGGUUCUUCGGAACAAUUACAGCAGCGCAUGUAUGGUGUUUUGACAAGGCAACUCUACCAAUUGGCCUGUACCAAAAAAUGUCAACUGAAAUUGUAAAAUGUGUUUUUGACUAGGUAGAAUGAGUUAAGCGGGGUUGUAAUACUGGUAAUCGUGUAGCUUUAUCGCAAGAUAUUUCGGUUACUGCAGGAUUCUGACGCUUAUAUAAAUUCAAACAUAUUUAAUAAAAAACAUACACAGAGAUAUUUUUCUUGUGUUUAUUUUUUUAAAAAAUGAUGUCUUCUUCAAAUUUUAUUCUUGAUGAAAGGGCAUCUUUCGGGUUUAAAAGAAAUCAACAACUAGGAGAUUUUGAGAACGUGAAAUGUCCAUUAAUAGAGCAUCGCACGUGUUUGUGUAUUAAUCUUGCUUAUGAAGUGUACAACACAGUCCAUGUUCUUCGCAAAAGUUCGUGAGCCCUAAAGGAUGUGUGACUUUCCUUACACAGAAAGCAUAUGUGUAUUUGUAUGUUGACCUUAAGCACAGGGGAAUCCGCAGGUGCAGUUCAAAAUUAUACGGGAAGUGGGAAAGUUUCUAAAACCUAAGGAUGUCCUGUCUUCAUGCAUAAAAAUACUGGAGAAGUAACUUUCUAUCUAGUGAGUGCAUGGAAAGUCUUUUUGCACACGUUUUUUUCUAAAAUAUGCUUGAAUUUAUUAAGCCAUUGAACAUCACUGGAAACUGUGCAUAUUACUUAAGUCGUCGUUUUUUACCAGGUAUCGUAUUUACAGACACGCAAAAAGAAGCGCAUUCAAAAGCCGGGACCCCGGCAUGGCUGAAAUAUUUUCGGAAUAUGGUGUAAGAUAAUAAAUAUUCUAACUCCAACUAAAUCAUCCCAUCUAAUCGAAAACACAGUUCAGAGUUUCGGUUAACGUUACGCCAAGUACUGUAUAUACACACUCACAGACACACCACUGACAAACUUGGACAGACCUGAGCAUACAUGAGAAAGGGCUUAUUCCAGGUAAUAACUGAGGACAAGGAGACCCAAUUGCCGAAAUCGUGAGAUUCAUAUUCUGGAGUUUCAGAUUAAUAAUUACACCCACCAUCAGAAACAGAGACUGAAUGAAUGAACGCAUUUUUUUAACAAUCUACCCUACUUUCUCUUGUAAAUGAACUCUUGACCAACUGAAAACGAAUGGGGGCCUCGUACUGCACUAUGCGUUGAAUUUUAUGAAGCACUGUAGAAAAUUUUUGAAAAAAAUUUGAAUGGAGCAAAGUAGUAGGUCAGCUUGGAAAAUUUUGCUGGUGUUAAAAAUAUCGCCAGUUCAGCCUCUGAGUGCAAUGUUAGGUACGAAAGAACAGCUUUUCAAUUGCGUACGAAAAUUAUACUCGAUACUUUUCGAGUUACUAUCAACUCCUGCGAAAGUUCGCGUGCACUUUCCGGAAAAUGUAUACUAAUACUUAGGAAACUGUAGUCGUUUUGAAGGAAAGUAAAUAUUCUUAGAACAAAGCCUUUUCAAGAAAAACAGUUUAAGUUUUCAAAAUCUGUCUAUUUUCAAAUUCUAUGACACCGAUAGUGUCAUUCACAUAUCUUAGCACCCAGUAGAGUUGUUCAUAAAGCAUUCAUUGCUGCCUGCCUCUACUGCAAUGGUCUGUUUGCGUCUGGGGGUCUCUCUAUAGGAAAAUAUAAGAUUGGGAGAGCUUUUUUCAAAUGAAAAUGCAUAAUAUUCAAGUUGAACACCCUACUGACAGAUGAAAAUGUAGACCUCGUUUCAAAAACGCAGACAUAAGUGAGUGUUUUCCAAGCUUCAACACUCAAAUCCUUCAAUUGCAAACAUUUGCAACGAACAUAAAUUACCACGAACCAAAUACAAAAGCACAUCCUAGUGCAUUCUCUUUUAAAAAUACAAUCAAAAUUUUAGGAACAUCGAAAAUCAGUAGAGAAAAUAUACAUAAUCAAAGUAGCGCUCUUUUCCAUAGUGCAGAUUACGUCGGUGGCUAAAAGAUGUUCGGAAAAAUCCACCAUCUUGCUCGCAAGGACUAAUUUAGGACUGUGUCCCUUGGCGAAUGACCACUGGUGGCGUUAUGUUCCUUUCAAGCCUUUUAAUUCUAUAAAGUAUACAGAACACGAUGUUGCAUCCCAAAGCAGUUUCAUCGUAACCCCUUGUCUCAAACAAAAUACCUAAUUCAAUGUUUUCUCUCCUUCUGCGCCAGAGAACCCUGUUGCCUUAGCUAAACGUGGUGUCGAGCGUGUCACAGAUCAUGAACAUCUUACACACAUUGUGUUCCUCGCUUGGAUAGGGGACGGAGGGCUUCGGGGGUCAUUAGCGUGCUGUGCACGGGCUCCCGCACAGUCCUCUCUCACAGUCCUAAAGGUACAUCGGCAAAUGGACUAUAUUGGCGUGGUGUGGUCUGUAAUGACGGAAUGAACCCGAGAGCUCUCUAUGGAAUGUCCAAGUUGAUGCCUUGACUACAGUGGAUGUGGAGGUGACCUACAAAUCCGGCGAGGGGUUUGAAUAACUUGAUGUGUUAAGAACGCAUCGGAAGGGGGCAGGGCAUUAACUUCGUGGUCUCAUGGUUGUUCCAUUACCAGCUUCUUGCCAUGUCUCCUUGACCCCCACAGUGUGUUAGGUUAGAAAGUUAUAUCUUGAUGUUAGGGGACGCUCACCGAUCGUUCAUACGGAACUCACUCGUUCCGUUGUGCCUUAAGGGCUCUCUCUCUCGAGCCCAACCAGCAGCCGCACAGCGGCGCAUGAUAUAUAGGCAGAAUGAUAUUACCGACAAAGACAAGUUAUAUCUUCUCAUUUCACACCAGACCAUCAUCGGUCUGUUCCUCCCUCCACUUCGGUCCAGCCGAAUUUCCAUUUCUGAGAUCAGGGAGGACACUUGAUUUCCCUUCAGUACACAGGGGGUCUCGUGCAAGUUUUCUGUUAAAGAGGAACGUUUGCAGUUCCUAUGGGCCGCAGAAGCGUUUUAGAAAUUUGCGUUAGUGCCAAUUUACUAAAUGUCCAUCCUUGGAGCAAUAAAAUCCAACACCACAUUCAGGUACCUAGAUGUUCUGCUUUACACAAACCAGAAACGUAGAUCCGAGGGAGUUUGGCUAGGACGCCACAUUUUGGUUCCUCCAUUGGUUUUUGGAAAAUUAUUAUAGGAAAGGAAUGGUGAGAGCUCGCCUCUUUGCUAAAUAUGGGUGAGUAAAACGUGGCUGUCAAACAUCUGCGACAAAGUUACCUACGUUUAAAGACAUCCUAUGAGCCCUAUAACCCCCUCGAAUAAAUUCAGAAAAAAAAAUUCUCGGGCAAUACGACUUUGCUUAUUUCGUAUCACGGCAGCGAGGGAACCUUUAAGUUUCCCGGAAGGAAGAAAGGGGCACUGUAACAAAUGCACUGAUUGAGUGCUAUUUGUAAAAAAACUUUGUGGCCUUCAGUCCACUGCUAUAGCGCAUGCAGCGCUGCAAAUAAGAAUCGAAGUUUGCUAAAGAAUAAAGACCAACUGCGGUUUAAAAAAAAGAAUUUAUUGUUCAUUCUUCCAGCCGCUCAACCCAGUCCGCCUCGUUGGAGAUUAAAAUCCCCCAAUGAGGGCUGGCACCUUGAUAUGCGCGCAUACUCUCUCCAUACGAGAUGUGAAAAUGUACCUGGGCGUUAUUUUGGUUUCCUCCCAGCCCUCCGCCAUAAAAACAUAACACGAUUGCGGCAUCCAAAUCAGUCCGCAGAAUGGAGUCAAAACUCAAACAGCCAAAUCACGCGGCUGACCUGCCAGAGGUUACUUAUUUGACCGGCUCCGCUCUACGUUGUCCCCGCAUUGCAGCACGAAAUUUAAUCUACCUGGAGUUACAGUAGGUGGGCUAACUCAUGAAAUGUCGACUGAAAUUCCGGAAUGCAUUUUCGUUUCGAAAAGAUUAAUUUAGUAGGGUUGUAAAACCAAUCAUCUUGCAGCAUAAUUCUAUCACAAUUCAGCUACUUCAGGAUGCCGGCUGUCAAAAAAACGUAUUUUGGACUGCAUGCAGGAAGUGCACUCUGCAAAAAAUUACUACUUAUGUAACAUGCAUUUUUCUCGUUGAUUGUCAGUGCCCUUAAAACGUCACUUAUAUUUCAUGGAAAACACGCAUAAAAAUAUUCUUUCUUCUACUCAUUCGGUAGCAAAUUACGUCUUCUUUCAAUCUUAUCCUCAACGGAAGGGUUUAAGUCGGUUUUAAAAAAAUUUUCUAAUGCCCGAAUAAUUUUAAACUCGACCUGCCGUUACACUUGCAUUCAGGGUUUCCAAACUACAAGCCGUAUAAUUUCCGCGUAUGGAAAAACACACAUUUCUCUACGGCAUUCAGAGAAAAUCAUAUGGCGUUCAUAAAGUUUGGCAGUGGAUUUGAGCCUUGUUGUUAACUUUGCAAGCAACGCUAGUAAAUACAGAGACAUGACGUUUUAAGAACGGCCAUUUCAAGGUAUUAAAAAAUCUCAUAAUUAUAAACUUUUUUAAAACCGACUUAAACCCUUCCGUUGAGAAUAAGAUUGAAAGAAGACGUAAUUUGCUACCGAAUGAGUAGAAGAAAGAAUAUUUUUAUGCGUGUUUUCCAUGAAAUAUAAGUGACGUUUUAAGGGCACUGACAAUCAACGAGAAAAAUGCAUGUUACGUAAGUAGUCAUUUUUUGCAGAGUGCACUUCCUGCAUGCGGUCCAAAAUAAGUUUUUUUGAAAGCCUGCAUCCUGAAGUAGCUGAAUUGUGAUAGAAUUAUGCUGCAAGAUGAUUGAUUUUACAACCCUACUAAAUUACUCUUUUCGAAACGAAAAUGCAUUCCGGAAUUUCAGUCGACAUUUCAUGAGUUAGCCCACCUGCUGUACAUUGCACCUCAGACCUUCUCUAAAAAAUCCGCACAGGGUAUCUUACCUCAUCGUUCGUUUACACUACUGGUCAGGUGCCGAGGUUUUACAAAAUCUGCGGCUUUUUGCCCCUAGGUUAAAUGCUAAGAGGAGGUUCAGUAAUGAUGUCUCGUGGAAUGAAUUUGUCUGGAAGUCGCCUCCUUAUCGCAUCGUACUUUCAUCUAAAACAUAUUUAGCCAGUGCUAACGAUUGCCCAACGCAGGCGUAGGCCUUCAGCCUGGGUCUGCAGCCUACGGCACGUUAAAUAAGGGUUCGUAGUUUUUGCGCAUCCUGAGGUCCAAAAGAAUAAGCCCACAACUGCUGAAAUGACUCUUGCAUCCCCAAGUAAACUAAAUGAGAAAAAAACAUUUUAACAAAUCCAAACCUCAGCAACAGCACCUUAUUCAUAACCUUAAAUAAGUCACACCUGCUCGUUCGAACAAGGCGGUCACCUGGUCCCCAAGGCGGUGGAAGUGCGCUACAGGACGAGAUGUUAAUGAGAUCAGUUCAAGGCCAACUGACACGUCCCAUGUCCUGGUAAAACCAGGUUCACCGAAACAAGGGCUCAGUUCUUCGACUGGGCAAUACCUCCCUAACAUUAAGCAUAGCUUAACAUCGGGUCCUGGUGCUAAAUUCACCGCUCUUCAGACCGCCACCUCCAAGUAAGCAGGCGUCCGUUGCAGACUUCUAAGCCCUACCAGAGGCGUGACUUCUUCGUUAUAGCUGGCAGACUCUGUAGAAGGCCUUCUUUUUAAAAGUCAGGAAGUGUGUGAACAUCACCAUGACCAGUUCAGUCUGACUUUAUGAGAAAUUGGCCUCUUGCACAUGCCAGAUCGUUACAGUGAAUCAGUGCGACCUGCAUACCGAAACGUCUUCCAUUUUUGUUUUUUUUGUUGAAAAGUUUUCUCUCAUGUCAAUAGGCGACAUAUGGAACAUUGUGUUUUUUUAAGUCAGUGCAACUACCAAAGCCGAUAGCGUCAUCGGUCUGCUGUCAUGACCGCUGGAAUUCAGACGUGUGCACGAGCUUUCACAUAAUUCAGCUGGAAAGUUGACAACGAGAACAGAUGGCAAGCCGAGCGCUUUAACUUCUAGGCGUCAUGCCGGCAUGUAAAUGGCGGUGAACAGCAUGAGAAUCUUGCCGAUUGAGAUCUUUUGUGGAAUAUUUUGGCAAGGCGCCAUGAAUUGGGGCAAGCGUCUUCCUUGGGACCUUUAACUCUUUGAACACGGAGGCUAUGUCGGUAAAAGAAUUGCGCCUUCUGUGUGGCGAUCAAAGGAUGUCCAUUUUAAACCAUUUUCCGAAUUUAACUACUGACAGUUACGAUUAAGCCACGAACUGGGCUAUUUUCGUUCAGACAUGAAACAUUUGACCGGGCUUUUCUGCUGGAGAAAAGUACAGAACUGGGGAAUGAAAGUAGAAUGGCGGUUUCGGGUUCAUUUUCUAUCUUCAGGGAGCUACACAUCCACUUCGGACAGAAAAAAAACCCAGAUUUUGAUCGGAAUUCCAAUGGUCGACUGAGCCAAAAUUCUGCCAGUUGAAUUUGUGGCCCACGCUCUAGUUGGAGCUGUGUCCAAUCCAAGUGAACGACAUUCACUGAUCUGGCGGAGAAAAAGACUGGCGUUCCGCUUUGCCCGCAAAGGCAAAACGGAAUGCUUUACUGUGCCCACUGAUCGGUUCAGGACGGCCGGAUAAUGCUAGACACGAGUUGUGUUGCAAUAGGUUUAAUGUUUUGCGGAUAAUCAUACUGUCUCCCUAAGUUCCGAGACCGUGUGUUUUACACUGCCAUCCCGCUUCCAGUUUGCGACGACUCACUCAGCCAGACAAUCAUUUUCCUACUGAAUAACUGCCUUUCCGUUGUGAAUUGGAGCACGGAGACCUUCAUGCUUACUGAAGACCUUUUACAAAGUCUGAAAACGUGUUAGCAAAGCAAAUGUUCCUCGUGGUGUACUCUAGAUAAAGAGCUGCCGCUGGCCUCAAAAGACGAUAAACAGCUUGUUCUCCUCUGCCUGAAUGAACUUAAAUGGAAUAGCACAAGUCCAGUCGGAGAGUGAGAUACGUCCGGUUUAGAAGACCACGCUAGCAUACGCCAUUUAGCCUACUUGAAGUCCUGCGAAGUUAUUCUGUAAACAUCCGAUCGUUAUGAAAGUUGACCUAUAUGUAUGUCCUGGAGGACUGUUCAAUACAUAUGUUCGAAAUUGGAGUCGUUCUCUACUAACAAUGUCGAUGACGACCAAAUUAACAAUUUCGUCAACCAGUCAUAUCAUAAACUCAGACCGGGAAGCCUCGGAGUUGCUCAAAUUAGGGUCCUUGUUCACGGAGCCGAAGUCCUGUUGUUGAGCAAUGCCCUCAACCCCAAAGGAUCUAAUGCGUUGAUGCAAGAUAAGGUGGAAAUGCUACCUUCUGUCCUGUAGUCAGGAAAGUUGUGUGAGUUCCACUGCCAUAUGCUACCAUGAGCUCUAUCGUUUGAGUGCUUUGGCUGUUAUAUUUGCCCGCAAAAUGUAAAUACUGUCUACAGUCAUCUGCAGGAGGUUAUAUACGAAUUGAAGCUUGUGGAAGCGUACACUUUCUGUAUCAUUCUAAGACCCUUCCCGAUGGUUCAAUCUUCUGCUACUAGAACGCAGGAGUUUUAAGCAGGUCGUGGACAAGAAACUGCUCUUACAUAUAUUCAAGUUGUAUUUAUUUUAAAAAAUACUCCAUGUCCUAAUUUACAAAAUAAGAAUAGCUUUACAGUUCUUCGAAUAAUGCUUGACCAUUUAAUGUCCCCAACAAGGUAGAAGUCAUUUUCUGAAACUCUAAGUUUUGCCAAAAUGCUAUUAACCUCCAAGGACACAUUCCACUUGCUCGAGCUAUUUAAACAAAAUAUUUGGCGAGCAUUGUUGCGGGUCGCAGUCACAAAAGUGAAAAUCCUUUAGCGUCUGCCCUAUAGAACAGACAAAUAUGAAGGUUGAGUUUGCCUAUAUUCCCUUUGACUGUCUAACCCUGGUUAACGGCAAACUCUACAGGUCUUAGAGGGGUGCUGCUAAUUUUCAAGUCCAUUAUUUCGAAAAGUCACGUAAGCUAAGGGAUCAAAGAGGUUGUUCUGGACACCCUUGCUUUCUUCCGGGAAGAAACUGAAAUGCCCAAAAAUAGCCAUUGCCGGCACUAAAGAAGAAUGUCCGCAAAGGGCACUGAAGUUUUAGGAAGACCCAUUGGAUUAUGGAAUUGUCAAAUGUGUGAGACUCUCUUGAACUGGGCCCAACUGAUUGUUAGGAGUUUUUGAAUGUUUCCCACAGCAAAGAAUACUUGAAUCUUCUAACAUCCCGCCUCAGGCCUUUGUAUCUCUGGAAUUGAAGCUUGAUCAUGGACUAUUAUGGAGACUGCCCAAUGCAUGCAAGCACAGGUUUGCAAGAUUAAAGCAAAUCUAAUCACCCCCAGUUUUAUUAUUCGAUGAUGUCGUUGAAAUUUGGUUCGUAUGUGUAAAGUUGAAGAAUUGACUGAAAAACUUAUAAGUCGUACUCCAAAGUUAUCUAAGCCUCAAUGAUGGGGAAUAGAGCAGGCGAAAAGAGUUCGUGCUUGUGCAAUGAAUGCCUGCAUUUUAUGCUAUGCACAAAGUCCCGCGAGUUCACGCGUGUAUAUUAUUUUAAAUCACAUUUGUCCGGGAAAGUUGGCCCUAUCACGAGUCAGACGCUAAUGAACAAGCAGACGUUAAGCUGAUAAAUUAAAAAAUCAUUCGUCCAUGCUUUUAAUAAGCUUUUACAUAGAUUCUCAAUGCAUAUCCACAGUUCAACUGCGGACUUCCGUCUGGCUGAUUUUGAUAAAUCAAAACCAAAAUAUUUAAAAUUUGUAGGUAUGGUUUGCCUGUAAGACGGGACAGCGUCCGGGAUAAGACAAAGGAAUAUGAAUUCCCUAGCAGUACAGAUAGCCACGCAUCAACCACCAGAAAGGACGCCUACUUCCGUGUCAUAAGCCCAAAACUAACGCAAACCUGACCUCUAGUCAUAACCGUAAUCUUAACGCUAACCCUGAUCCUCUGGAAUUUAGCGCAAAGCCACUUGUAUUGCGGGAGACUCUUGUCCUCGUGUCGUACCAAUUUCCGCUACCUCUAUGCCUUCUAAGUCAAACCUUUAUUGCCAAAGCCUUUUUGGGAAUUUAAAACGCUAAGAUAAGCAGAUCAGUUUGGGUAGAGGGAUGUCGUGCUUGUUUGUCUGAACUCUAGGAAACUGUCCCCAGGUGACUAGUGGGGCAGGGAGCCUUUGACGGACUGAUAAAAUUUAACAAGAGGUCAGAAUCACUUAGCUGCCGAUAACUCUGACACGUAUGCGACUACUCAAGAGCCCUAUUUCAAAAAAGUAACUUUGUGUUUUGGCUCACGUUUCCUCACGUGCUCUGUAAAGCCUAAGGUUGGUUAAAGUUAAUAAAUUUUACCCCAGCCUUUCGGCUAACACGUCGACGCAUAGCCUGCGAGGAAAUCGAUGGCAGUUGUCAAGAGGGAAAGAGAAAUGAUCUAAUUGACAAAAGCAGUUUAAUGGAUUUAGUGAUGAUGAUGAUGAUGACGAUGUUUUGAUCUGCAUGCGCUCAAGGCCGCUUAACAGCCGUUAGCUGAGCACCUAUGCAAAAGCCUCUUAGUGUUAGAAAGUAACCUGUUCCACUGUUCCGUUGUUGAAGGCACAUCGGAUGUCCGUAUACAAAAAACAGCGUUUUCAACAUGCACGUUCGAGCUUACUGAAGUCGGACGCUAAGGCACAUGAAGGCAACAUGGAAAUGCAGAAAACGGGGCACAAUCAUGCCUGAAGCAAUGCAGCAUUAGCUCUGAUAGAAUAGCUAUCUCCAACAGCAUAGUUAAGCUAAUUUUUUGACCCAAUUCAGACGCCUCUUAGUUGGUCGGUUAGACUUUACUUUUAAAUUUCUCCUAACAGUUUUUUGUUGCAUACAGCACCAGUCCGCAGACUAGGAGUUGACGAGUGAUGUUGUGGGGGCAGAUAACUUUUGUCUCCUGAUAGUUCUUUUAUGUCUUUGGACCUAAGUGUUUUUUUUCGCACAUAUGAAACAUCAACAGCGAGAACAUAAACGGCAGUUCCAGGUGCCUAUCCUUAUUACGGGCUUGCCUAGAAGAAUCCGCAUUCGAUGUAAGACCACCAGGUGAUGAAUAAUGUUCCCCCUAGACUCACGGUAGAAAAUCGAAAAAGUUUGGAAUUGGGUUUGUUUCAAGCAUACUUGAAAGCGAUAAUUUAAGGUCAGAUGAAUUUAUAGUUUCGUUUACCAGAGAAAACUGGGGCACUGUUUUGUCCAUACGUAUUCCUCUUCACUCCAGAAUCUUCUCAAGCACAACAACCUGUUUGUCACUUAGUCGAACAGUGUACACAGAUAUUUAAUAGCUCAACAGACAAAUAUGUUACAAAAGUGAUCAGCGGCUUUUUAUUUGACAUUUUAGGCAAAGGAAAGUGUUAAAUUGUUCCAUAAAAGUUUUGGAUCGGCAUCAGCCUCUGAAAAUUUUCUCCCAACCGGCUAGAUGAGUCGUUUUGAAAGUCAGUUUUGACUGCGUGACUCUGCAUGUGCACUUUUUAAAAUUCAAUGCUGUUUCCAUGUGGGCGAGAGAAAGGGAUGAUGUCCCUCGAAAACACUGAGCCUACUCGUGUUAGGUACAUCCCAAACUUUGUCACCGGAUGGUUUGCCAUCGUUUGUUCCGCAAAGCUGACGAGCGUGACUGCGACCAUCCACCUAUGGCCGUGUGAACCCUCAAUGCAACGUGGUCUGUCAUGUUAAAAUCUUGCGCAUUUUUGUCGUACUUAACACUUGAACGCAUCGACUAAUGUCCACAGCUUAGUCGCCCAUGCACAAUUUGGGGAUGUUAAAUUAGCCUUCAUUGUGGCUUCCUCCUAGUCUUAUUCUCCCCAACCUCGUAACCUUAAAACCUUCCAAAGUGCGAUUUUUUUGAAGGUCAUCACAAUGAUUGCUAUUCAGUCUUCCGCCCCCCUCCCCCCAAGACCACGGACCUACCAAUGCACACUUCACAAUAAAGCCCCGUGCAUUGUUCCAAGGUGAGAUGUGAUUACGUUGCCCACCUCAUGGAUACAGUGCUGUUGGAGUUAGAGUUUAAGGGUUAUGGUCAGGGGUUAAAGUUAGAAGUUAGGGUUAGGGCAACUAUUUCUCAACCACUCAAAGUACAACCACGCAUUCCCAAUAGCUUUUCUUUUGCAUACAACUACUUGAUGUCGUCGCCUGUGCGUUCCCCGGCCCCACCAAUAAAAACCCCUAUUGCAUCGGUCCCGAACUACAGGUGGCUGAGGUUUGUUUACUUCAGGUGGGGCUACAUAAUCCUAUCAGACCAUAAUAACACGAGCUGAACUAUCCCUCAGACGCUAUAAUAUCUGGCAAACUGUUCAUUUUACCACGAUCAGUCUGCGACAACUCUUAUUUCAACCGGGCCGCGUUCAGCACGUUAACUGGUUGGUAAAACACGGCAAUAGGAAGCCCCCGUAGUGCUGGUAGCCUUGUACCAAACUCCAGAAUGGGUACAUAUUCACGUGUCCCAAACCCAACCAAAACCCGAACCUCAGCCUCAACCCUAACUCUGACCCUAGCCUCAACCCUGGAAUUCCGGACAGGACCACCUGCACUAGGAAGGAGUUCUUAUUUCCGUCUCCUAGCAGUGCUCUUUACAUCGCACAUUAGUCGAUGAUUCUUCGAUUUGAAGGCAAAAAAUAGUGGUUUGAACAUUAAACCAACGGAAGUUCCAGACGUCUGAGUUUUCACCACACAAGAUAUUCAAGCACUUGAACACUUGCACAAACUUGAAGGAUUACGAAUAAAGCCCAGAGAGUCCAUAUACAGGGAGGACCUCGGUUAAACUGGAAAAGGGCAGGCAAUUCUGCACUUAUAACUUAGGUGCUCUCUUGUUUCCUAUGCAUUCCCACGGAUCUUCGAUUUGUUUGCAUCUAUGAUCCAUUGUCAUGUGUUCAUGACUUGCCUUAUUACCUUGAUUCUGACUACAGAUCAUUUUAAACUUCCAUUUCAGACGCUGUACCUACCGCAAAAUGCGGACAUGAACAGUAUCACCUACAAGCUUCAGUCAAAGAACCUGCAUAGAAACCUCUCAAGGAGUACCUUUGGAUACAGUCGCAACGCCGCUACCUCCUAUGAAGACGACUUAGAAGAAUCUGAGAUCAUGUACGACGUGCAGAACACACUCGUAGUCUUCGGCAAGGUAGAGCUCUACAAGGCCGAACCGAAGCCUAUGAAGACCUGGUCGAAGGAGUACCGGCAGCUGGUGUCGGGACAAGUGCGCAUCUCCAACGGCGGCAAAGCAGAUCCGGUUAUCUCAGCCUACACCGAUGUGCCUGACUUCCUUGCCGUUCACACUUCCACCCCGGAUAAGGAUACCACCUACGCAGUCCUCGAUAAUGGCUGUCAGAUCAAAAUCAAGAUAGACAAGAACGUGGAUCGCGAAAGUAUCAAGUUUAUUAAUGACACCAGAUCGGAGAAAUAUAAGGUCCUAUUUGACCGACACGUGGAGGAGGGCGAGACCUCUAACGGGCACACAGACUAUGACAUGCAGGUGAACCAACUGUUCCGCUUUUCCCGAGAUCGCUACGACUUGGAAAAUAUUACUGGCACGAUACAGGAUGAUUGCAUCAUCCUCUUUGCACCCUUUCUCAGUCCGGAGAUGAAGUCUUGA